AUGAAAUUUGCAAACGACGACAAAUAUUUGUGGUUUCAAUUUGCCCUGACACUGUUAUGCCAUGGACGAUAUGUGCGAGCAUCGCGAAUUUUGUCGCAGUGCCUAGCUAUCGAGCGACAUGACGAUACAGUAAGUCAUGCCGAAGCAGCGAUGAAAUUAUGUGAAGGGAAUUGGCUCUCCGGACGAUGUGUCUUAUUAAAAGCUAUUGCAUUAAGUGUAAAGGCCGAAACGAUAGUUCGAUACAGCGAACGAAAGGAGAUGCAGCUGGAAGCAAUAAAACUAUUCGAAAAAGCAGCAUCCAUAGAUCCGCAUGAUGAUUUGGCGCAUUACUACUGUGCUCGUCAGCAUGCCAUCGCACGUGAUUUACAAGCAGCGCGUGACUGGUGCGAAAGGACCCUGGAACUGAAUCCGGAGAUGCCUUCUGCUGUAAUGCUUCUUGCGCUAAUAUUUACCGCCCAGAAGGAUUACAAAGGAGCACUUGAGUUGAUCAUCGAUGCAUUGGAUGAUUUCCCGAGCAGUUAUCCGCUGUUUCCAAAGUUGAUUGUUGCAGGUCGUGUUGAUGAAGCAUUAUCAACAUCACAGCGUUUAUUAUAUUUCUGGAAACGACGACAGCCGAGUCCUCUUGAAGAAUCGAGCGCGCAAAUUUCUCGAACUGGUACUGGUAUUUUGCCUGCUUAUAUUCAAAAUAUUUUGUUUUUUUCCCAAGUCCCUAGUGUCUGUGAUUUUUGGUUUUCUUGCAGCCAGUGA